GGCGGCUGCACCUCGCCCUCGAUCAGUACGCGUCUCAGAGUUUGGCCUCGUCGUACCUAUGGAGACGGUCGCCUCGCUCUCGCGCGCCGCGCUCGCCGGCGCGCCCGCCGCUACACGCGCGACAGCGUCGCCCGUGAACAGGGCCGUGGUCCCUGCGGCGUCCCGGCCGCGCGGGGGACGCCUUUGCUGCCGACGCUCGCUGACGGCCGUCUCCGCGGCGGCAGGGGCUUCCCCUCCCGUCUCCCCGUCGCCUAGCCCCGAUGGCGGCUCCCCCGGCGUGUGGGACGCUCUCGGCGGCGUGUCCGUGCUCGCCGCCGGCACCGGCGAAGCCGUUCAGCUCAGGGACCUGUGGGACCCCACCGAGGGGGUGGCCGUGGUGGCGCUGCUCCGGCACUUCGGGUGCUUCUGCUGCUGGGAGCUGGCCUCUGUUCUGAAGGAAUCCAUGGCGAAAUUCGACGCUGCCGGGGCCAAGCUGAUCGCCAUCGGCGUCGGGACUCCUGACAAAGCUCGCAUUCUCGCCGAUGGGCUGCCGUUCCCUGUUGAUAGCUUGUACGCUGACCCCGAGCGCAAGGCUUACGACGUAUUGGGGCUUUACCAUGGUCUGGGUCGGACAUUAAUCAGUCCUGCGAAGAUGUACUCGGGGCUUAAUUCCAUCAAGAAGGUAACCAAGAACUACACGCUCAAGGGCACACCAGCAGACCUGACGGGUAUCUUGCAGCAGGGUGGUAUGCUUGUGUUCAGAGGGAAAGAGUUGCUGUACUCAUGGAAAGACAAAGGCACGGGUGAUCAUGCUCCUCUGGAUGAUGUCCUCAACGCUUGCUGCAAUCGAACUUCUUGAGGUCUCUAGCAGUCGGAAGAUGUGUAUGUAAAUAUAUGAAAUGCUCAGCAUGCCAAACAGAGAGCAAUUAGACUCAACAGUACUAGAUGUUCGAUUAAUUAUGCAUUGUUGGUUUGCUUAUGUACUUAGCAUGAUAUUGGAUUAGCUACCCAAUGGACAUGACACUACAGUCUGAACUCUGAACUUCUGAUGUAUAAGGUACAGUUACACCUAAUCAAUUAGAUAUCUCUACUCAAUUAAAAA